CGAACAUGCAGGACCCGCAUGCAGCUGUACCUAAUACAGAUUAACAGAUGAGGAGGAGCACAGCGGCCCAGGGCCCAGCAGGGACCUCUGACGAGUCUUUGGUUUGAGGACGUUGGUGUGUCGUUGGUGAACCAAAGAAAUGCAGGAAUUAUCAAUUGUGAAGAUUGAGAACCCAUCUUGCCUCUGGGGUCGGGUUGUUUGGGGUUCUGGUGCCGACACAAAGACCACAGAUCAUUACAACAAUAUGUUGUCCCAGAUGAACCUCUUCUACCAUGACAUCACACAGGACCUGCGCAAGCUGAAGCCCACAUCGUUAGAAGAAGGACAGGUGUGUGUGGUGUAUUGGGCAGCGAUAAAGUCAUGGUGUCGGGCUGUGGUGGAGUCGAUCUAUAUGGACUCUAUAUCCUGCCAAGCUUGCUGCCGCCUGGUCGACCAUGGAGAACGACUCGUCAUCUCUUUAGAUCAAAUCCGACUGGCAGUGCCCAACUUCUUGCAGCUGCCUUUCUGGGUGAGGAAGUUCCACUUGGCAGGAAUCAAACCAACAACCCUGCAAGUGUCUGUGUUUGAGGAGAAAGCAGAGCUCAUUCGGUCCAGUCAAUGGGACAGCUCAGCCACACUGUAUCUGCACAACCUGCUGCAAGCAUCCACUCAGACAGAAGCUGUGUUGCUUGAAUCUGAAUCAGACUCUACCUCCUUAGAGCUCUACCUGACCAUUGGCAAUAUCAAGAUCUGUGUGAAUGAAGACUUGGUGGCUAAAAAGUUUGCAUAUUACAGCAGAGAUUCUGCUGACAGUGGAGGCCUGGAUGAAUGGGAGCGGUUGCCUGUCAUGUUGUCCUCCAGCAUCUUAACCCAAACCGUCUCCACAGCCUCAAACAAACUAACAACGCAAAGCCAACCACGUCCAGUGACAUCACAGAGACCAGCUGCAGCUGGUGCAGUUGAUUGGCUGACAGCUUCCUCUCCACAUGAGAGCCAACAGCAUGACCUAGAGACCUCAAAGAGAGACUAUCAAGUAAAGAUCACAGGACAACAGUUGUCUCCCAGCGACCAAUCCAGCAAUGGCUCAGAUGCUGCAGAUGCUGCAGCUGCUGCAGAGAGUGACCCAUCAGAGGACACCGACUCUUCUCUAGCUGCAGCUCUGGCUAAAAAUCUCAAUCUGUUCAGGCUCCAGAAGUUUCUGAAUUCUAGCAGUUUCUUUGAACAGGUAGCCCCCAGUAAUGAAGAGCUGAAUGACUGUCGACCUAAGGAGAUGACUGCAACCUCAAAUGCCUGUGCAGAAGGAGAACUAUUUGCCCCUUUACACACGAGUAAUCCUGAAACAUCAGAUGAGCAAGCAUUGCUCCAUAUGAGCAGUGGAAGUGAAGCUGAGAGCAGUCAGGUUGGAUAUCUGACUGCAGACAAAACAAGCAGUUUAAGUACAUCAGUAGAGUCAGAACAAGGAGACGCAGAGGAGACCCAGAGGAGUGACGAGGACUGGGCCUGUUCACGCCUUUUGGAGUGGUUGAACCCAGAGCCUGUGAACACCGAUCCAGAUGCUGCAAAAGAUGGGGUACCUCCCAGUGAUCCCAGUAGCAGUGGGAUUCUGGUGCACUCUGCUUUCCCAGUGGAACCCUGUAGCAGCAUGGCUGACGCCCCCAUCACAGAUGCUCUCCGCUUGGUGUUAGGGAGAAAGCAGUACAGCACUUUAUCUACAGCUGACCGUUACAGCUGGCCAGCUGUUGCUCGAGGAUGCAACACUCUGAUUGUUUCCCACAAUGCUGACCAGCCACUGAGCUACCUCCCCCCACUUCUCACCCACAUUUUACUCAACUCCAUCUUCUCCUCAGUCACCUCCAGCUCAGGGCCCAUAGCAGUGCUGCUGUGUCCAGGCUGGGAGAAGGUCCAGGAAGUGUUUGACCUGCUGGAGGAGAGUAAUGUUGCCCGGAGCCUCCAUCCCGUCAGUGUGCUGCUCGGCAUUGGCAAAGAUGAGGCCAAGGCCUUCAAGAUCCCCAAAAACUGCCUGCUGUUGGUGACCACUCCUUUCUCUCUGGGUCGUCUGCUGUCUUGUCACUCUUUCCUGUUCCUGCGGCUGUACCACUUGGUGCUCGAUGAAGCUGACCAGCUCUUUACUCUUGCACCAGACCAGAUGGUGUCCAUCUUGCAGCAUUUCCGAAAGGUGACCUCCAGCGAGAUGACAUCUUCCUGUCCUCAGCAGCUGGUUGCCAUUGCAAAAAGAUGGACCAGUCAUAUGGAGGGUUUGUUAGCCAAUCACAUGCCAUACCCCUGCAUUGUCAUAGCUGUCCCUCAGGAAGCUGCUUUCUACGGGAACAUUCAGCAGAUCACUCUCAUGACUCUGGAGAGCAGUAAGAUCUCAGUACUGUUGGGUGCAUUGGAUUUCAACCCUGACGUUGGCCAGAAGACUCUGAUCGUAGCAAACUCGGCUCAGGAGGCUGAAGACGUGUUUAAGGCUGUGAGCAACAAAUCUGCAUUCUGCCUCAAGCUCCAUGAGGGGUUAACACACCAGUUUGACUUUGCCAUCCAGCAGUGGAGAAAAGACAUUGGUCCUGGCACUCAUGUUAUUCUGGUGACCACCAAUGGAUGCAUGAAGUGUUUGGGCAUUAGAGAUGCAACUUGUGUUGUCCACUGUGGUUUUCCCACCUCUCCCAAACUGUUUGGCAACCGACUCUUCUGCAUGGCUGAAAACUUCAGAAACCUUUCAGAACAAGGUCAAAGAGAGAGCUGCCCUUAUGUCGCCCGGUCAGUGCUUCUCAUUUCAGAAAGAAACACCCGCCAUAUUGUUGGGAUUCUGCGCUACCUAGGACGAACUAAUGCCCUGCUGCCUCCCGAACUGCUGUCCUUCGCUCAGGGCAUACAUGUGGCCCGGGAAGACCAGAAGACAAACCGCCCUCUCUGCAGCUAUGUGAAGAGCUUUGGAGUCUGCAGAGAUAGCAGUUUGUGUCCUGACCGUCACAGAUUCAUUUCCCAACUGGAUCAGUCUGACCUCCCUGCAUCUGGAGUCAUAGAAGUGGUGCCUCUCUACAUUAAGACGGCAUCAGUAUUCUACGGUCGUAUUGUCAAGAAGGAGGACAGUCGUUUUGACAUAAUGUCCUCUGAGAUGACUUCUUAUUAUGCUGACAAGAAACCUUUGGCCAAGGAGCUACUGGAAGGAGGCUUAUAUGCUGUGCAGGAGGACAAUGUCUUCCACAGGGUGAAGAUCAUCUCGGUGCCAGACGGACAUAAUUGCCUGUUUUUCAGCAUCUGUGUGUGGUACAUUGAUGUGGGAAAGGAGGAGGAGGUCAAAUCUUAUCAAGUCCUUCAUCUGCCAGAGCAGUUUCACUCCCUGCCUGGCCAAGCUGUCGAAAUUAUCGUCUGCCGAGUCAAGCCAGUUGAUGCUGAAAAUAACUGGCAUCCCAAGGUCACCAGAGCAAUCAGCCAGAAAAUCCGAGGCCUGCAGCAUCGAGGCAGAGCAGUUCUCAGUCUGGGAAACACUGUUUUUGUUGAUCCUAUGGUUCGGGUCACCCAGGUGCCAGGUGUGAAAACGCUCAUAAACGAAUACAGCAUCCAGUCUGAGAUCCUGAACACAGGGAUGGGAAUCAGCAACCCAGAGCAUCUGGACCUACUGAGGGCACUGUGUCAAGAGGGUCCGUCUGGCAGCUGCAAGGAGGCAGAGCACACCUCUAGGCAGGAGGAUGGUUUACCAUCUCUGAUGGUCACGGUCAAACCUGAAGAAAAUGCUUUCAGAGUUGCCGAGGUCACGAAGCUUGCUGCUCAAGAAGCCCCUCACUUAAAGCCAUGUGAGCCACUUAGUCCAGUAUCUUCAACAGACCAGUCCCUGGUCCGUGCACCAUCAUCACCUGAAGUCCACCAGGUACCAGGCUAUGAUCAACAAACCCCAUUGGACAGCAAGGCUGACAUUGGACAGAGAAAUAUCUCCCCUGCCAUUAUGAGGUCAGCUGAGGAGAUAGAGAGCAACAAAGAUGGAGGAGAACUUUGCCCCGCAACCAACCUGGCUGCCUGUCAGACCCCCUGGGAAAAUGGUUUGCCUGAAGGUGCUGAUCAAAGCAACCACCAGCAGGUCAUUAGCCCUGAUGGAGCAGAUUGUGAUGACUCGACUAAAAGUUUCCACCCUCAGGUCCGCUGGUAUCAAACAUCCGACUCUGUGACUCUAACAGUGAAGCUGAUGAACCCAGAAAAUCAACGCUGUGAUUUCUACCCUGACCGAGUCGUUUACAGUGGCAGAGUAAAUGGUCGGUCCUACAGAGUCGACUUGGAGCUUCACCAAAAUAUCGCAGCAGACUGUUGCUACUUGCAAAUGAAUUCCAAUGAGCCAGUUCUCAUACUAGUUAAACAGCAGCAGGGAUACUGGGAGAGACUCGUCAGGAACAAGAACAUGCUUGUCAGUUAUGACAUGGAGCACAUUGAUGAUGAUGAUGGUGAUGAUGAAGGCAAAACACCAAAUGGUCUGUGGUUUGUGGAAAACGCGGGAGAAGAUAACUGGUAUGUGCAUUCAGAGAGCAGCAGUGACAGUGACUGA